AUGGUCAUAACACAACUAGACUUGUCGUGGAACCAGUUAUCAAGUGAUAUCCCCAGCACCAUUGGAAGCACUCAAUCAUUAGUUAAUCUCUCCUUGGCGCAUAAUGAACUGCAAGGACAUAUUCCACAAUCACUAGGCAACUUGAUAAGCUUGGAAUUCUUAGAUCUAUCCAACAACAAUUUCUCUGGAGAGAUUCCCAAGUCCUUAGAGACUCUCAGGUAUCUUCAAUAUUUGAAUGUUAAACAUAAUGAUAGAUGUCACAUCAGCCUUGGAAAAUCUCCAUCAUGGUCAUGUGUUCACUGUGAUUUGAUGCCUAAGAAUGUCCUACUAGACGAAGAUAUGAUUGCACAUGUUGCUGAUUUUGGCAUUGCCAAACUCUUUGGUGAAGGGGAUCUUAUGGCACAAACCACGACCUUGGCAACAAUUGGGUAUAUGGCACCAGAGUACGGAAUGGAAGGAAGAGUUUCAACAAGAUACGAUGUCUAUAGUUAUGGUGUCUUGUUGAUGGAAACAUUCACAAGGAAGAGGCUGACAAAUGAAAUGUUUGCCGGAGAGAUGAGCUUGAAGCAUUGGGUGAAAGAAGCAUUAGAUGGUUCAAUAAUUGAAGUUGUGGACAGCAAUCUGAUAGGAACAGAGGAUGAAAAUUCCUCUGUUAAGGAGGAAUGUGUAUCAUAUAUCUUGGGUUUGGCCCUGGAUUGUUCAAGUGAUAAACCCGCGGAAAGGAUCGACAUGAAAGAGGUCUUGUCUACCACUACCUCAGUUUGCAAUUGGAUUGGUGUCUCCUGUGAUCUUGACCAGAGAGUCACAACCUUGAAUCUCUCUCGUGUGGGUCUCCGAGGCACCAUCGCUCCACAUCUUGGAAAUCUCUCAUUCCUCGCAUCACUUGAUAUCAGUUACAACAAUCUCAACGAGUAUAUACCCGAAGAGUUGGCUCAUUUGUGUCGAUUAAAAGAAAUCAAUUUGGGGUUCAACAAUUUCAGUGGAGGGAUACCAUCAUGGUUUGGGAUUUUACAAAAACUCCACAAGUUGAUACUGUAUAACAAUAGUUUCACAGGUACUGUCCCAAAAUCACUAUGCAACAUUUCGAAGCUACAGAUAUUGGAUAUUUCAAACAAUUCUUUACAUGGAAAUAUUCCGGAAGAGAUUGGUAAUCUUUCUAAACUGAAAGUAUUACGCUUGAAAUUUAACAAGCUCACAGGUGCCAUACCAUCUACCAUCUUCAACAUUUCUUCUUUGAGAUUGAUUAGUUUGGCAGGCAAUAGUCUAUCAGGAAGUUUAUCAGUAGAUAUGUGCAACAAUCUUCCUAAGCUUGGAGAAUUUUCUAUUUCUUGGAAUCAGCUUAGCGGGCAAAUUCCAUCCAAUUUAUACAAAUGCCGGGAGCUCCAAGUUUUAUCAUUGUCGUUCAAUGACUUCAAUGGCAGGAUACCUAAAGAAAUUGGCAACCUAACCAUGCUCAAGGAGUUAUAUCUUGGUAGAAACAACUUGGAGGGUGUAAUUCCAUCGGAGAUAGCUAAUCUUCAACAUUUGGAACUAAUCGACAUGAGGAGUAGCUCUCUAAUAGGAACCAUCCCAUCUUCUAUCCUCAACAUUUCAUCAUUGCAAUUUAUAUUCUUCAAUAACAAUACACUAUCUGGAAGCCUCCCAGUGACCAUUCAUUACCACGUUCCCUUUCUUAAGAGUGCUAGAUCUUACUUCAAAUCAACUCAUAGGUCAAAUUCCAUCUGGCUUAUGGAAAUGCAAAGGGCUUCAAGGGUUAUCACUCAUGGGUAACAAAUUCACCGGUAGCAUAUCCAAGAAAAUUGGGAACCUUACUUCAAUCAAAGUCCUGUUUCUUGACAACAACUACUUGACAGGACUUUAAUUGUAAAAUCAGUCAAUACUAGUAAUUCUGAACUUUACAAGAUGACUUUUCGUGGGAACGAGCAAUGUUGAAGAUCCAAAUCUAAUUAUACUUAGAAAAUAGUCCAAAAGAAGCUACAAGUUGAUGAGAAUGGAAAGAAGAACAAAAGGAAAAAUCCUUCUCCAAAAAGGAAACUUUCGCCAAAGUUGGUAGCUUGAACCCGUUUUGGUAAUCUGGCUGUAUCUCUCUCCUCGAGUGUCAAAAUGGCUAAAUUCUUGCUUGGAUUGAUAGGAAAUUCGAAGAGCUGCAAUUUUGUGUUUCACGAGCUUUCCUUAAAACAGUUGUUUACCUUGUCAAAAUUGGCCUAAAAGUCUGCACGAAUUUUGGGAGUCCUUAUUCGACAGAAUUUCUAUGUAUGUCUCCUAUAUGAAAAUGGGAGCUUUAGGGCUGAUCUCUUAUUAUUUAAAGGGAGUCCUCUGCAACAUUGAGGGAUCAUACAGAGGAGCUUGAGGCUUAGAUCAGAAAGGAGUAGUCAGAAGAAAGAAGAGAUCGAUCCAUGGCGAUGAAGAUGUCUUCCUCAACCAUGAAGAAUUCCACCCCAAUCAUGCUUCGCUAAACGCUUUGCUAGGGUUGUGAUGUAGCCCUAGCUUAGCAACCUGGUUUGAUUGUAUUUAAUUAUUAGAGAAUAAUUUUUAUCAUGCAUGAUUGUGUAAUCUAUAGGGUUUUUUUUAUUGAAUUUUCAAUAAGAAUCAGUUUUAGAGUUUUAAUUCAAUUACAAAUAUUUUUCUAUCU